AUGAAUGGUAUGGACAUGACAUAUAAAAAGUGGGUAUGGCAUGGUGAAGGGCAGACAUCAUCUCUAUCAACACAUGAUACUAAUCGGGUUGGACAAGGGAAUACGGGAUGUAGUGUUGAGGAACCAAUAGAUAUGAUUCACGAUGCGUAUGAUGUCUAUGAAAAUAACCCAACCCAUUUUCAGACGUUGCUUGAAGACGCUGAAAAACCUCUAUAUCCUGGUUGUAGUCAAUUUACCAAGCUAUCUGCCACUAUUAAAUUGUACAAUUUGAAGGCGAAACAUGGUUGGAGUGAUAGUAGUUUCAAUGAUCUAUUGAAAUUGGUAAAAGAAAUGCUCCCUGAAAGCAAUUCCAUGCCUUUUUCUUUGUACGAUGCAAAGAAAACCUUAAGCACCCUAGGGUUAGAUUAUGAUAAGAUUCAUGCCUGCCCCAACGAUUGUAUUUUAUAUCGGAAGGAGUAUUUAGAUUCAAGUGAUUGCCCUACAUGUGGGAUGUCAAGAUGGAAGGUGAAUAAGAAAGGUAAGGCUAUGCCUGGAGUGCCGUCAAAAGUGAUGUGGUAUUUUCCUCCAAUACCAAGAUUCCGAAGAAUGUUUCGUACUCGGGAAAUUGCGAAAGAGCUAGUUUGGCAUGCAGAUGAAAGAAAGCGUGACGGUAAGUUGCGUCAUCCAGCUGAUGCACCGGCUUGGAGAUUAGUAGACAACAAAUGGCCCGAUUUCGGCAACGAACCCAGAAAUCUUAGAUUAGCUUUAGCUACAGAUGGUAUGAAUCCACACAAUAUGAUGAAUUCUAACUAUAGCUGUUGGCCUGUUGUACUUGUCACGUACAACCUUCCUCCGUGGUUAUGCAUGAAAAGAAGAUUUAUGAUGCUAACUCUAUUGAUUUCUGGUCCCAAGCAACCCGGGAAUGAUAUUGAUGUAUACUUGGCACCCCUAAUUGAUGACUUGAAAGAGUUAUGGGAGAUAGGCAUCCAAGCAUAUGACGCACAUCGUUCUCAAAGCUUCACACUUAGAUCUGUUCUAUUAUGGACAAUCAAUGAUUUUCCUGCCUAUGGAAACUUGUCUGGGUGUUCUGUUAAAGGGUAUAAAGCAUGCCCGAUUUGUGCAGAUCAAACUCAUUCUAAAUGGCUACCGUACAGUAGAAAAGUAUCUUAUACAGGACACCGACAAUUUUUACCUGAAUCCCAUCCAUACCGAAGGCAGAAGAAAGCGUUUGACGGCGUACAAGAGUUGCGGGCUGCCCCAAAACCUCUAAGUGGCACAGAAGUUUUUGAAAGAAUGCAAGCAUGCAAUUGUGUGUGGGAAAAAACAAAGGGCAGAAAAAUAUCAGAUGAAGUGAAUUCUAAGAAGAGAAAGAAAAAGGAUAAAAAAGAGCAAAAUGAGACAAAAGAGUCAGUUGGUCCUUCCGUAGGCAACUCAUGUUUCAAGAAAAAGUCAAUUUUCUAUGAGUUAGAGUAUUGGCAAUAUUUACAUGUUCGUCACAUACUCGAUGUGAUGCACAUCGAAAAAAAUGUUCUAGAAAGUCUAAUCGGUACAUUGCUGGAUAUUCCUGGGAAAACCAAGGAUGGAGUUGCUGCGAGAAUGGAUUUGGUACACAUGGGUGUGCGAAAUGAGUUAGCACCAACUGUGGUUGGGAAGAAGACAUGUUUGCCGCCUGCAUGUUAUACACUUACUAAAGAGGAGAAGCGCAAAGUCUGUACUUCAUUUCUUGGAAUGAAGUUUCCCGAUGGAUAUUCUUCAAACAUUAGUAAGCUCGUAUCCAUGAAGGAUCUGAAACUUAGUGGAUUAAAAUCACAUGAUUGCUAUGUAUUGAUGCAGCAAUUGCUUCCAAUAGCUAUUCGUGGUGUUUUGCCUAAGCAUGUGAGGAUUGCCAUUACUAGGUUGUGUCACUUUUUUAAUGAUAUAUGCAAUAAAGAGAUAGAUGUGCCUAGGUUGGAAGUAAUUCAAAAAGACAUAGUGACAACUUUGUGCCUGCUUGAGAAAUACUUCACACCUUCAUUUUUUGACAUCAUGGUACAUUUAACUGUACAUCUUGUGCGUGAAGUUAAAUUGUGUGGUCCGGUGUGGUAUAGAUGGAUGUAUCCUUUUGAGAGAUACAUGAAAAUUUUGAAGGGGUAUGUACGCAAUCGUCAUCAACCAGAAGGGUGUAUUGCCGAGUCAUAUAUUGUAGAAGAGGCUGUUGAAUAUUGCUCGGAAUACUUAGCCAAUACAUACACUAUAGGGAUCCCAUCUUCUAAUCUUAAGGACAACCUGACAGAGUCUUCAUCAAGAGCUACAGUAAAAGUAAUCAGUGAUGAAGAAUGGGAGCAAGCUCAUCGUUAUGUGCUAACAAACGAUGCCGAUAUUGAUCCCUAUAUUGAGUAA